AUGUCAGUUUCUAAUGAUAGCACAGUUAAGGAAUUGCUUAUAUAUCAGCAAAUAUUCCUGCUUGCAAUGACUGAAGGCAAAAUAUCAAAAGUCAUAUUUUCAAUAUUAAUGUCUCUGUUCUUUAUCUAUUUGAAUGCUAUCAUGGUCUAUACUCUUUGGAGUAAGCCUGUUUUUAAAGUGACACCACGCUACAUUCUGUUUAAACACAUGCUUUUAAAUGACUCGAUACAUCUCAUUUUUUCCUCUUUGUUGUAUGUUUUAAUUCUGGCCUCUCUCAAGUUAGUCAUGGCUGCUUGUACUGUUUUAGUUUUUGUUUCAGACACAACUUUCUAUAACGCACCUUUAAACCUGGCUGUGAUGUCAGUAGAGCGUUAUGUGGCUAUAAACUUUCCUCUAAGACAUGCAGAAAUAGCCACUCAGAAAAGAACUUAUAUUGCUAUUGGAAUUAUUUGGAAUAUAAGUAUGAUGCACUUUAUAAUUGACUUGCUUUAUGUAGUAUUGACUGAGCCUACAGUUUUUUCAUCGCAAAUAUUUUGCACAAGAGAAAAACUCUUCAUAAAGCAAUGGCAAGUAGAUCUUCAACAGGGCCUCAACAUAUUCUUCUUUGUGUCAGUGUCUGUGAUCAUCCUUUUCACUUAUAUUAGAAUUUUGAUCACAGCCAGGUCCAUUUCCUCCAAUAAAGACUCUGCUGUAAAAGCUCACAAGACCUUGCUGCUGCACAUCAUUCAGCUGGGACUGUGCCUUACUUCCUUUCUUUAUAGCUCCAUAGAGCGAGCUGCAGCAACGAGCAGCACCAGCAGCAACCUCUUUGUAGAUCUCCGUUAUCUAAACUAUUUGUUUGUGCUGAUCUUGCCACGCUGCUUAAGCCCACUCAUCUAUGGACUGAGGGAUGAUGCUGUAAGACCUUUAUUUAUCUACUACUUUUGCUGUGCCACAGGCAAACGCAGGUCUACUGUCAAUGUACACUGA